AUAAGGAACCUUCGUUUCGAUCAAGUGAAUUCCAAAACUGUGUCCAUCGGCCAUCAGGAUUCCAUGGAUUUCGGUUUUCCAGUCAUCACCGGAGCCUACUAUUAUGACGUCCUUUGGGCUCCAAACAACGUUUCCAAUCCCAACUCGAAACCGUCUUUCGUCUCCUCGAUAUGGGCAGAAAUUACAAGCAGACUAACCUACAUCGAGCCCAAACUUGAGUUGAUCGAUCAGGCCACCCAAGAUCCGAUCCAAUUCAUCGAAUCUGGAGUACAUGGUUACCACCUUACUGCAUUACGCUCACAUUCGCGCAUCUUCAUAUAUAUAUAUAGUCUCAUCUGUCAGCUGUGUACGUGUGUCUGA